AUGGCGGAGAACGGCCUCACCGAGCACCACGAAGACGAGUUGGAGGAGGAAGAGGAAGGAGGCCUCCGCAUAGCCGACAUCUACGUCCCGCCACCGCCGCCAGCAGCGUGCACAUUUAGCCCAACUGGUCCCCGCCUCAUGAUACAGAAGAUUGAGAACAUCAAUUUCAAAUCGUACGCCGGCACAAGAAUUAUCGGACCGUUUCAUAAGAAUUUUACAGCCAUUGUUGGGCCCAACGGGAGCGGCAAGUCAAAUGUUAUCGACUCUAUGCUUUUUGUCUUCGGCUACCGGGCACAGAAGAUUCGGUCCAAGGAAGUUGGUGUGCUUAUCCACAACAGCACGAACCACACAAACUUGGACAGCUGCACUGUGAAUGUUUACUUUCAGAGAAUCACUGAUACGGAUGAAAACACCUUCGAGGUGGAGGAAAACUCCGAGUUUGUGGUUGGUAGGACAGCGCACCGUGACAACACAUCCUAUUACACGGUGAAUGGCCAUCGUUGCACCUACAAGGAGGCCACAAGAACUCUACGCUCUUUUGGAAUUGAUCUUGACCACAAUCGAUUCCUUAUUCUUCAGGGAGAAGUGGAACAGAUUGCGCUGAUGAAGCCGAAGGCACAGACCGAGCAUGACCAAGGAAUGCUGGAGUUUCUUGAAGACAUCAUUGGUAGCUCCCGCUACAAGGAGCCAAUUGAGCUGUUGAAUCAGCGUGUUGAAAAACUUUCAGAAGAAAGAACAGAAAAGCUCAACCGUGCCAAGCUUGUGGAAAAAGACAUGGAGGAGCUUAAGGGUGCACGUGACGAAGCUGUUGAGUUCUUAAAGCUUGAAAACGACAUUGCUGUGAUAGAGAACCAGCUCUUUCAGUUCUACAGGCGCAAUGAAAAGACGCAGCAAGCACAGGCUGACAAACAAGUCAAAGAGGCCCAGGCGCAGAUGGUUGAGCUCAAGAAAGAGCUCGAUACACAGCAGCAGGCACAAAAAGUGCAACAAGCUGAGCUCAAGAAGGCCCUCAGGGAGUGUGAGAAGAAACAGAAGGAGGUGGAUGCCAAGAAGCAGGAAUAUGCUGAAUUCGAGUGCCGGGACUUGCAGUGCAGGGAGACCAUCAAGCACACGAAGCAGAAAGGAAAGGAGCUGGAAAAGAAUCUGGAGUCUGCUAAGGAGAAGGUUCAAGACCUGAAGAAACAGCCGGAAAAGCUACAGAAGGACAUUGAAAAACUGCAAGCCAAGAAAGAGAUGAUCGAAAAGGAAAAGGUUGAAGCGGAGGCCAAGCUUGCCGAGGUCAUGGAAUCCCUCAAGACACAGACCGAUGAACUUCAAGAGCAGAAGGCAGUCCAUGAGCAAGAACUUCUUGGCCUUCAAAAGGGAGUGAGUGAAAAGAAGUCACAGUAUGAGAUUGCCAAAUUGGAGCUGGACCUCAGUGUCAGCACGUACCAGCGAGAGAUGUCAAGGUUGGAGGAAAUCGAGCUUAACCUUGAGCAAGUGAACAACUUACUAACCGACAAAUCCAGCUGCUUGACCAGACUUGAAAAACUCGUUCCUGAGAAGGAGGCCAAGUUGAAACAGCUUGAAGCCGAGAUUACACAAGUGGGCCAGCAGUACCAGGAGUCCCAAGAACAGCUUCGGGCCGACCGACAUCAGGUUGAAGAGCUUUGCUCUAAUGCCCAGGCCAACAGGUCGCGGUCGCGAGUCCUCGAUUCACUUCUGCAGGCUAAGAAGUCUGGACGGCUACCAGGCGUCAUUGGACGACUUGGUGACCUCGGUGCAAUUGAUGAGAAAUAUGACGUGGCGAUUUCGACAGCGUGUGACCAGCUGGAUUAUGUUGUCACGGACACAGUGCUUACAGCCCAGCACUGUGUUGAGUACCUGAAGAAGCACGACGUUGGAUUUGCCAACUUCAUUGCUCUCGAAAAGAUGGAAUGCUGGAUACCUUAUACUCAAAAUAAGAUUAACACGCCUGAAAAUGUGCCACGUCUGUUCGACCUGGUGUCAGUGAAGAACACUAGCCUGUUGCCGGCCUUCUACUUUGCCCUGCAAGACACUUUGGUGGCUAACGACCUUGACCAGGCCACCCGCAUCGGGCUUCAGGGAAGGACCCGUCACCGCGUGGUCACCCUGCAGGGGGAGCUGGUGGACGUAUCUGGCACCAUGAGUGGAGGAGGUGGAUGUGUCCUGCACGGCAAGAUGGGUCAGGCGGUGCUCGAUGAUAACAUGAGCGCUGAGCAGAUGGAGCAGCUCACGUCUCAGCUGACAGCCCUCGAGAACAAGGCCCGGGACCUUCACGAACGCUGCUCUGUGCUGGAGGACAAGAUAAACUCUCUUCGCAAGGAUGUCACAGCUUCCAAGCAUGCCUUGCAGAAGUUCCAAGUGGAAGUUAAGAGCUUGAAGCAGCAGCAAAUGUCACUUACCAGUCAGUUGGCUGAACAGAAAGAGAAAGUUAUCAAGUCUGCUCCGGACAAGAAGCAGCUUGCCCAACAGGAAAAGGCUGUGGCUGCCUACAAGAAAGAGUAUGACCAAGCAAUGGCAUCAUGGAACAAAAUGGAAAACAAAGUUCUGGAACUUCACGCUAAAAUCAUGGAAAUCACCGGAAAGUGCAUGGGCUCAGUUCAGCAAAAGGUGGAAAGCAUCACAAAGCAACUGGAUGCUGCCUCGAUGGAGAUCACAAGGGCGCAGUCCAGCAUCAAAGCUUCAGAGCGGAAUCUAAGCAAAGCUGAGAGCAAGGCGGCAUCAUUGGAGACAGAGCUUGAGGAUGCCAAGAAGCGACUCGAAGCGGCCAAGCUCAAGUACAGUGAACUGGAAAAAGUGGGAAAGGAGCUGCUCACUGUCAGUGAAAUGGCUGGGGAGGAACUGAAGACCCUGAAGCAAACACUUGCUGAGGUGCAGGCAAGGAUCGACAGCAGAAAAUUUGCCGAGAAUGCACUGAGUUCAAAGCAGAUCGAGCUCACGAACCAGCUGGAGCAGAGCGAGGCUGCCUUUCAAGACCGCCAAGCCAAAGUGACACGCUGGACGAGAGAGUUGAAGAAGCUUAGGUGCCAUACAAUUGAUGGCGAGCCAGAAGUUACGUUAUCUGAGCUGGAAGACAAGGAUUUGGAAGACCUGAAUGAGGAAGCGCUAAUGAUGAAGUCCACCAUGCUCAAGGAGAACCUGUCUGCCAUGAAGCCAAACAUGGCUGCGAUACAGGAGUAUUGUCGAAAGCAAGAGGCUUACAAACAGAGGGUCACUGAGCUGGAAGCGGUAACGAAGAAACGGGCUGAGCAGCAACGUCAUCGCGACAACCUGCGCAAGGCGCGUCUGAACGAGUUCAUGAAGGGAUUUGGCAUCAUCAACAGCAAGCUGAAGGAGACGUACCAGAUGCUCACUCUGGGAGGUGAUGCAGAGCUCGAGCUGGUUGACUCGCUCGACCCGUUCACCGAAGGCAUAGUCUUCAGUGUGCGGCCCCCAAAGAAGUCUUGGAAGAACAUAUCCAACUUGUCGGGAGGUGAGAAAACACUGAGCUCUCUGGCACUUGUAUUUGCUCUGCAUUACUACAAGCCAGCACCCUUCUAUGUGAUGGACGAGAUUGACGCUGCGCUGGACAUCAGGAAUGUGUCAAUCGUCGGGUACUAUAUCAAGGAGCAAACAAGAAAUGCGCAGUUCAUCAUCAUAUCAUUGAGGAACAACAUGUUCGAACUGUCCGAUCGCCUGAUUGGUAUUUAUAAGGUGCACAACUGCACCAACUCGUGCACCAUCAACCCACGGCACCUUGUAGAGGUUAAAGCGGAACCUGAAGAGCAACAACCACCUGAAGAACAACCUGAAGAGCCACAGCCAGAAAAUUGUGUUGACUAACGUUACUGCAUGAAUUGAUUCAUAUAAUUGUAUAUGUAAAUUUUUAACUUAUAUUUGAAUCACCUUUAAGCUCAUUGAACUCUCUAAUUAUUACCUAUGAGCACUUUGUCAUUGGAGAAUUUUACUUUUUAUUUCAU